UCGAUGCAAUGCACUACAAACUCCACAAACAAAACCCUAAGGAGAAACAGCGGCAUUAUACACAUCCCAUACAUUCUAGUUGUCUGCCAUGGCUUUGGCUAUGAGAUUGAUUCAAGUACUGAUCAUAUUAGUAUUUUCCUUGGCCACCUUCGAAAGGGCAGUACUAGCAAGUGAUCCUGACAUUAUUUCAGACUUUAUAGUCCCACCGAAUUACAACGGCACGGUUGAUGGAACGUUCUUCACUUUCACUGGAUGUCGUGGCAUCUUCGAUCAAGCUCCUCAAACCAUUAAGGCAGGAAAGGCAAGCAGUGUUGAGUUCCCCGCUCUCAAUGGCCAAAGUGUGUCGUAUGCAGUGCUUCAGUUUCCUCCUAACUCGCUAUUUCCACCUCACACCCGCCCCGACGCAACUGGACUGUUGUUUCUUCUUGAUGGUACCUUGGAAGUAGGGUUGAUCGACACAAAAAACAAUCUGUAUACACAAAAGCUUCAAACUGGAGAUCUGUUUGUUUUUCCCAAAGGAUUAGUCCAUUACCAGUACAAUUCGGAUCCUCAGUUGCCAGCCACUGCCAUUGCAGCAUUCGGAAGUGCAAGUGCUAGAGCAGUUACAGUCCUGCCGUCUGUCUUUGGCACCGGAAUCAACAACAUGAUCCUUGCCAAAUCAUUUAAGACAGAUGUUGGUACCAUUGAGAAGAUCAAGACUGGCUUCACUGCCCACUAGCUCCUACAUAACAAAGUGCGAUCCAGCUUAAUAAUUUGCUUAUUAUGCAAACUUUGAUUGAUUACUUUGUGUUUUGGAUUUGUUGAUGUAUGCAGGUUUUCCCUGUAAUUCUAUCAU